UUUUAAUGAACAAAUAGGCUACCAACAAAUCUUUGUUUGUCGAGGUCUAGUCAAUAUAGGCUUCCUCUUAUCCCAGGUGUGUUCAAAGGAGGCCUGAUCUCCUCCUUAUCGUCCUCCUACCUGGUGGAAGAGAUAAUAGGGGAAGGAAGCUUUGGCCAGGUGGUCAGAUGCGUCAAAACGGCCACCAAUGAAAGGGUGGCCGUUAAAAUCAUGAUAAACGACCGGUUCAUGAUUGCGUCGGCUAAGCAAGAGAUCGCCAUAUUAGAGCGCCUCCAAGUUCUGGACCCAGAUGAGUGUGGGAUUGUGCGAUGGAUGGGUGUCUUCAGACAUGGUCCCCGAAUCUGUCUGGAGUUCGAGCUCCUGGACAGAAGUCUCAGAGACUUGACCCAGCAGACAGAGCACCACAUUCUGCCUCUGAUGCAGAUCAAGAUCAUCCUGCAACAGCUGGCUAGAGCCCUGCAAUACCUGGGCACAAUCGGGAUCAUUCAUGCAGACCUGAAGCCAGAAAACAUAAUGUUGACAGAACAGGACACUAGAGUGAAGCUCAUUGACUUUGGCAUAUCCUAUCACGUGUCCAAGGCAACAAUUGGCUUGGAGAUCCAGACCAUGUUUUACAGAUCACCAGAGGUCAUACUGGGGCUCCCGUUUACAGGCAUGGUGGAUAUGUGGUCCCUAGGCUGUGUGGUGGCAGAACUGUUCAUUGGCUUCCCAAUUUAUCCCGGCAACAUGGAGUACGAUAUGCUGCGAUAUAUCCUGGAGACCAAUGGGAACCUCCCUGUUGCAAUGCUCGACCGCGGCAUGAAAACCCAUUUGUUUUUCAACAAAGGAUCGAUCUGGAGACUCAAGUCAGCGCGGCAAUAUGAGGAGAGGGAAAGUCUCAGGGCGCCCCGGACCAGAAGGUUCCUCAUCAGCUCGCUGGAGGGGAUGGUCGAACUAGGAGCCGUGCUCGGCGGACCCGUUCCGCCCAGCUUCACUGACCUGAUGAAGAGGAUGCUCCGGCUGGAUGCCAACCAGCGCAUCACACCACGUGCACUGCUGGAGCAUCCCUUCAUCAGCCUGGGGGGGGAGAACCAGUCCAACGGCGGCAGCCCCGAGCCCACCGUGGACCCCCCCGACACCAGCAGCCCAGUGUCCAGUGUGGACCCCCCCCGACGGAAGCGCUCCCGCGUCCAGUGUGGGCCCCCCGACACCAGCGCUCCCGUGUCCAGUGUGGGCCCCCCGGACAACGGCACUCCCGUCUCCAGUGUGGGCCUCCCCGACACCGUCAGCCCGGGGUCCGGUUUGGACCCCCCCAACAGCAGCAGCCCUGGGCCAAGUGUGGAGCCCCCAGAGAGAAGCAACCCUGUGUCCACUGUGGACCCCCCCAAGAGCUACUGCCCUGAGGGCAGUGGGGACGUGGAGGACACAGUCGACCCCACUGACAGCGGCAAAGGGAGCUUCUCUGAAGGAGAAAUUAGAGACAUAUACAACUUAUCCUUGGACUCUGAGAUAGUCAGGUUUACUCCCACACUUAAGUCUCUGUGUGAUCUGAAUGAGUCAGCUGAGGAAUUGAGGAUUGAGGAAAACCCUGCCACAGCUGAAAUACACAGCACUUCAUCCGCGCCUACCACUUCCUGUGUGGUCGCCAUGGAGACUGAUGCGGGACAGCCAGGUGUAGCAGACAUCCCGAUAGAGGUCACCCAAAAAAACAUGAACAAGCGAGGCCUCGUAAAGAGGUUGUUUAAGAGCAUGCCGGAAGCCAUCAUCUACUGCUGUGUCUGCUGUUGCUGCCCGGCCCCUGAUGACCAGGACUAA